AUGGACCUACAGGUGGAAAACCAAAGCCAGUCUUUCAACACCAACACCGUGAGGCUGCCAGCUAAACAUAUACUGGGGAUGGGUGUAGAUAACUUUAUUUCUCUUCUGAUAUUUGGACUUAUUUUCAUCCUCGGUGUGCUUGGGAACACCAUGGUGAUUACGGUGCUGGCGCGCAGUAAACCGGGACAACCGAGGAGCACAACCAACAUCUUCAUCCUGAACCUGAGCGUGGCUGACCUGUCCUACCUACUUUUCUGCGUCCCCUUCCAGUCCACAAUCUACAUGCUGCCAACAUGGGUCCUGGGAGCUUUCAUCUGCAAGUUCAUCCACUAUUUCUUUACCGUGUCCAUGCUGGUCAGUAUUUUCACUCUGUCGGCGAUGUCCGUGGACCGUUACGUGGCCAUCGUCCACGCCAGGAAAUCCUCGUCGAUUCGGGUGGGGAGGCAUGCCAUGCUCGGAGUGGUACUGAUCUGGACCCUGUCUCUGGUCAUGGCAGCUCCUGUGGCGCACUACCAGACCAUCGUGGAGCGGGAGGACAACAACACCUUCUGCUGGGAGGUUUGGCCGGAUCACCAAAGGAAAGUCUACGUGUUGUGCACCUUUGUUUUUGGAUAUCUCCUGCCCCUCACUUUGAUAUCUGUCUGCUAUGCAAAGGUUUUAAACCAUCUACACAAAAAACUGAAGAAUGUUUCCAAAAAAUCUGAGCUCUCCAAAAAGAAGACUGCGCAGACAGUCCUGGUGGUGGUGGUGGUCUUCUGCCUGUCGUGGCUGCCUCACCACAUAGUCCACCUGUGGGUGGAGUUUGGCUCUUUCCCUCUGAACCAGGCCUCUUUCGUGUUCAGGAUGGUGGCUCACUGCUUGGCCUACAGCAACUCAUCCGUCAACCCCAUCAUCUACGCUUUCCUGUCCGAGAACUUCAGGAAUUCGUACAAGCAGGUUUUCUGGUGCCGGACGCCCAACAAGUGCCCUGUUUACGACACCAGGGAGCUCCGCAGCAGAGUGGAGACGGCACCGUCCACUAACAUCAGUGUGACUUACAAAGGUCAUGACUCUCAGAUCAGUAAAAUGCUUUGA